GUUUUUUGACAUGUUUACGGAAUUAUUUUCCUAGUUGGUGUUUUUUUGUCGUGUAGCUAACAGGAGUUCAGUGAAUUUAUGACUUAUGCUAGUGAUUUGUGCUUCUGUUUGGAAUCACUCAUUAUAUGAUAAUGUUAUGGCAGUGCUAUGAAUGGAAACAUUGACAAUUGAAAAAUAUUAAUGUGUUGUAACUCCACCAGUAGCGUAACGUUUUUUUUCGGAUAACUUUCAUUCCAUUACAGGGCUCUCCUUCAAAGCUGGGUUAUAAAGAUCCAUCAGGUGGCACCAAAAUGGACUAUUACAGAGUCCUUGACGUGCCCAAAACUGCAACUACAGCUGAAAUUAAAAAAGCGUAUCGAAAAUUGGCAUUGAAAUGGCAUCCAGAUAAAAAUCCUGAUAAUAUGGAUGACGCAACUAAAAGGUUCAAAGAAAUUUCUGAAGCAUAUGAAGUAUUAUCAGAUGAUUCUAAACGCAAAAUAUACGACAGCCGGUGCAACCGAAGCAAUCCGACGAAGUCAUCUAGGUCUCACAGAAAUCAUUUCGACUACAACCCCUUCUCACAGCGAUAUUUUGAGAAAAAGAGGCGAGUGUAUGACCAAUAUGGAAAAGAUGGUUUAUUGAAUGGUAACAGUCGUGGACGAAGCAGACAUGAAGAUGACUUUGACUUUGGCGGUUUCGGAUUCUUUUCCUUCAGAGACCCAGAGGAUGUUUUCAGAGAAUUUUUCGGCGCCUCAGUAUUUGAUCUUCUUGACCCGCAUGGAAGAGAUCGAAGACGACACCACAGACACUCCCAUCCCCAAAACGCUCUUAGCAACGCAUCUUUAUUCGGUCCGUUUGGCCUGCAGAUUGGUGGAGGCCUCAUGGAUGACUUUUUCAAUACUGGUCAUUCAGGUGGAUUCACUUCAUUCAGUUCUCUCAACGCCUCAUUCAAUGGUGGAACUCCUGGCAAUGCCAAUGUAAAGAGAACGUCUACUUCUACCAGAUUCGUAAAUGGCAAGAAGAUUACUACAAAAAAGGUUUAUGAAAAUGGACGAGAAACUGUUUUGUCUUACGAAAACGAUGUUCUGAAAUCAAAGACUGUGAAUGGAAUUUCUCAGAGUUUAACAUACAGUUAAAUACCACUGAUUAUAUAUAAUUUUGUCCCUCUGUUAGCCUAAUUGUAGUACUUACUCCCUUCAGAAACAUUAUAAAUGUGAUUUGAUGUAUUGUAGACCAUUUCCAGGCUGGGCACACACAAAAAUCCCAUAUAUUUUGACUACUUGCAGUUUAUUCAAGUUAAAUUCGGAGAGAUGAUGAUCAUAAUUCAAUCGCAGGAAAUUACAAUCCCCGCUUUUAUCACAAAAUUAUCAUACCUAAUGUUAACAACACAUUUGCCAAUAAAAUGCUAAAUAAAGCUCAUAAUUUCAUUACAAUUUGCCAACAUUCACUCAGUUACCUUGUAAAUUGUAUGCAGCAUGAUUUUAUUUACUGUCGUGUUGCAGACAAGCAUUUCAUUUGUUUACUUUUACAAAAGUUCUAGUAAUGAUGGCUCAAGAUGUACAAAACUGGAGCCAUAUUUAUUUUCAAAUGAAAUUUCUUUCUGCAACAAAAAUAUCACGGUCUUACCGUGUUCAAUAAUGUAUUUUAGAUGUUGAGAUUAUGGAAUUGUAACCAAUAUUUUGCUCAAAUACAAAAAGCCAAAUAUACAAAUGCCCUAAUGCCAUAUUAUAUUGAGAGUAGCUUUCCAUGUUUGAUGAUCUUUCUUAUUUAAAUGUUGCUAUAGGACAAGUGAUAACAGUAUUUGUACAACUGCACGUGAGUCUUUCCGCUUGUAUAAACAUGUUUGUAAGAGAGAAUUUGAUGUAUUGCACGUCUUCAUUAGUUAUUUUGUUUAUUUGAAUUCAAAAUAUUUCCUGGAAAAAUUUGCUCAGAAUGGUAUUUUUGUUUUUGGAUUUCUAUUACAUACUGAGAGUAUUGAAAACAUGAGGUACUGCACGUGAGUCUUUCCUCUUGUAUAAACAUGUUUGUAAGAGAGAAUUUUAUGUGUUGCACAACUUGUUCAUCAGUUAUUUUGUUUAUUUGAAUUCAAAUUGUUUUUCUGGAAAAAAUUGCUCAGAAUGGCUUUUUUGUUUUUGGAUUUCUAUUACAUACUGAGACUAUUAAAACAUGAGGCACUGAACGUGAGUCUUUCUGCUUGUAUAAAUAUGUUUGUAAGAGAGAAUUUGAUGUGUUGCACAACUUCUUCAUUAGUUAUUUUGUUUAUUUAAAUUCAAAUUAUUUCCUGGAAAAAUUUGCUCCGAAUGGCUUUUUUGUUUUUGGAUUUCUAUUACAUACUGAGAGUACUAAAGACAAGGCACUGCACGUGAGUCUUUCCUCUUGUAUAAACAUGUUUGUAAGAGAUUAUUUUAUGUGUUGCACAACUUGUUCAUCAGUUAUUUUGUUUAUUAGAAUUCAAAUUGUUUCCUGGAAAAAUUUGCUCAGAAUGGCUUUUUAGUUUUUGGAUUUCUAUUACAUCGUAAGAGUUUUGACAUGAGGCACUGGAUCAAGGAGAGGUGGUUGAUUGAUUGUGUUUCAUUUACUUUCACUUCACAACCAGCUUUUAGUAUCGGAGCUGUGAUACUGACAAGUUUAAAAUCGUUUUUGUGCUUGUUAUCAAUAACACAAAAUGGUUAUUAAUAGUUGGGGACAGGCACAAAAUCAAAUUUCAAGUAUUGUCAAACCUUGAAUGUGAACUUCUUUUCAUUGGGUAGUAUACCAAUUGGGUUUUUCUGAACAAAAUUGUUAUACAUAUUUUCCCAUUCAGUGACUCCUGUCUUUCAUUUUCAAGUUCAUUGUAGGUGUAAAAUUUUUCCUUUUCAAAUCCAACAAAUUGGGUGGAUAUAUUGGCAAAGAACUACCAAUUUUAACUUUGUUGCUCUAUCCGGUGCUCAUAAUAACUGAAAUGGAAAUAAAGAUUAUUAAACUGCA